CGGCGCUGCGCGCCUGCGCGGGGGCCGGCGCGGCGCUCCGAAACACAAGAUGGAGGCGGCGGUGGCUGAGCGGUGAAGCGGAGGCGGGAUCAGCAACGAGGUGGUUCGGUGUCGAGCCUCUCCUAUCUGCAUAGCCGGGCAGAUACAAACAAAAUGGCGAGUGAAAAUCACAGCAGCCCUCAAGCAGGGGAUCCCACAACAAUGAUCCGUCCAGCGAGUACUUCUGACCAAGGACAGCCCUCAUCACCAAAGGCUGGCAAACCUUUGGUGCAGGAUCUGCCAGAUGAGCUGGUGCAGGCAGGAUGGUCAAAGUGUUGGAGUAGGAGAGAAAACAGGCCAUAUUACUUCAAUAAGUUUACCAACCAGUCACUGUGGGAAAUGCCUGUGUUUGGACAGCAUGACAUCAUUUCUGAUCCUCUUGGGUUAAAUGCAACUGUAGAAUUGGCUGAAGGCGAUUCCGUACCUGAAAAUGCACAAAGGAAGCGACGACAUUCUGAGGAUACCCAGCAGCAAUCAACAAAUAGCUUCAAAAGACCCCGAACAGAUGCCUCCUUCACUCCUACAACUCCGACAGUUCCUAUUUCACCUGUCGCUUCUGGUGUUUCAAGUACACCUCUGUCCCGAAGUGCAUCCAAAUCAACUGAUGAUAAACCACAGCCUCCACCAUCAUCGUUGUCACUGGCACAAGGGACAUCAGCAUCUUCAUCGUCCUCGUCAUCAGCUGUUCUUGCACCUGUACAUAUCCGUCCAACAGCUAUUUACUGGGACCUUGAAGUUCCAACUAAUGCAGUGAUUAAGGAGCUUGCUCCAAUUGAGCUGUUUCCGCCACAUCCAGAUGUGGAAGUACUACGAGCACAACUGACAUUAAAACUGAGACAACACUACCUGGAGCUGUGUCAACAGAGAGAAGGGAUUGAUCCACCACGUGAUUCAUUUAACCGCUGGCUUUUGGAACGCAAGGCAAUUGACAAGGGCAAGGAUCCUUUGCUGCCGAGUGAUUGUGAUCCUGUCGUGUCACCUUCCAUGUUCCGAGAAGUAAUGAAUGACAUUCCUAUUAGAUUGUCUCGUAUUAAAUACAGGGAGGAAGCUCGAAGAUUGCUUUUUAAAUAUGCAGAGUCGGCAAAGCGGAUGAUUGAAUCCAGGAAUGCUACACCAGAUAUCAGGAAAACUGUGAAGUGGAACGUUGAAGACACUUUCAACUGGCUACGAAAGGAACCAUCCGCAACAAAAGAAGAUUAUAUGGAGAGGCUUGAACAUUUGCGGAAACAAUGUGGACCCCAUGUGGCAGCAGUGGCUAAAGAUUCAGUGGAGGCAAUCUGUGGAAAGAUAUAUUACAUAUCUAGUGAAUAUGCGAAGCGAGUCCGAGAGAAGCAUUUAGCAGUACUUCGUGAGUGCAAUAUCUCAGAAAAGUUGGAAAAGCCGGAAGUAAUGGACAGGUUGGUGUACUGUUACCCUUCGAGGCUUCAAUACCCAACAAUUCCACUCCCACGUGUUGAAAUGCACUUUGAGAAUGAUAUUGCCUGUGUACGUUAUAAAGGAGACGUUAGGAAAAUCAACCGGAACUACUUAAGUAAACUGGAACAGUUGUAUAGGUACAGUUGUAUUGAUGAUCCACGAUUUGAAAAGUUCUUGGCAAGGGUCUGGUGUUUACUCAGGCGAUAUCAGUCCAUGUUUGGUCUUGGAAUACAUGAAGGUACUGGCUUGCAAGGGGCUUUACCAGUAGCUGUAUUUGAGACAUUGAAUAAACAGUUUGGUGUGACGUUUGAGUGCUUUGCCUCACCACUGAAUUGUUACUUCAGACAGUACUGCUCUGCGUUCCCUGACACUGAUGGCUACUUCGGUUCUAGGGGCUCAUUCUUGACUUUCUCACCAGUCAGCGGCUCCUUUGAAGCAAAUCCUCCGUUUGGUGAAGAGCUGAUGGACAGUAUGGUCACACAUAUGGAGAACCUGCUUAGGAGUUCCAGCGAGCCUCUGUCAUUUGUUGUGUUCAUCCCAGAAUGGAGAAACCCUCCAACACCAGCUCUGGUCCGGAUGGAGGAGAGCAAGUUCAAGCGCCACCAAAUCCUAGUCCCAGCUUAUGAGCAUGAGUACAGAAGUGGAGCGCAACACAUCUGCAAAAAGGAAGACGUCUAUUAUAAAGCUGUGCACUCCACAGCUCUCAUCUUCCUGCAGAAUGAUGCUGGCUUUGCAAAAUGGGGGCCUAUUCCAGAGCGGGUCCAGGAGUUAAUGGCAGCUUAUAAAAUAACAGGGAAGUCAUCAUCUUCCUCGUCCUCCUCUGUGGCAUCUGGUGAAAAAGACCAGGAACAGAAUUGGGACCAUAGCAGCAACACCGAGCACCACUGAACUGUGAUUGAUAAAGAGAGCAUGUAGAGCUAAUGCUCUAUGUUAUUUUAAACAGACUGACUUGAAACAAGCUGCAGAACUAUUGUCAUCACCAGCAAGAAAUGUAGAUAUGUACAGUGUUACUAAGCAGAACUACAGUUCUGGAUUCUUAAUGUUUUGUUUGUUGCUUUUAUUUUUACCAAGGUAUGUAGGAGAGAGAAACAGAAUGUGUCUUGUGUAAUAUAUUCUACGAAAAUAUUUCAUAACAGAAUACUGUGUCAGUUUUAUCAGCUUUUUUUUAUUUUUUUGAGAUUAUGCAAUUCUGUCUAAUUUUUGUAAACUUUGCAAAUAGUGGCUGUAGACAUUCUCCAUUUUAAUGCCGUGUGUAUAGGAAUUUCUUUAUAUUGCUGAGAAUUAAGUUUAAAUGUACAAAGUGAUGGAUAGGAAUUCAUUGGUGUCCUUUUAAGAAGUAUUGCUUCUUGUUGACCUAUGUAGACGAUCUCUGAAUUGUUCAAAGACAACUUCAUGCACUUGAGUGUGCAAAUGUAUGUCAUCUAGUGUGUACUGUCCAUCUUUGCAUUUAAUCCUUCACUGACACGGGAAUAUGAUGAAUUCGUGAAGGGAAAUUCUGAAAACUACAGGAAGAGAACAAAGAGAUGGGACGAGAGCUCAGAGCCCUAUUGUGAAAGCUUUCUUUCAUAAAGAUUGUGGAGACUUGCAAUGUGCACUCAGUCAGCAUGAUUAGUUUCCCACAUGUGCAGCAUGCUGUGGAUAUGGAGUUUUUGAUAGAAUACAAGGGAGCUCUGUACUUUCAGUCAGUGCUCAGCUUCAAGUGAUGAACUCAAUGUUCUUAUUUGGGCCACCCAGUGAAGGGUUAAAUACAGGGAUGCUUUGUCUGGAAGUGUUUAACAAGAUAUCCUGUCACAGAGUAACUGAGAUUAUAAGAUAUUGCUGUCCAUGCAUUGUCUCAACCAUAGCACUAAGCCCCAGCACAGCCAGUCACCAGAGAUACUCAUUCUCCACUUUUGUUGCAUCAGAUGGAAGGUUCACAUAAGUUACAGAAUGAUGGGGAAAUGGUGGUUACCUCAUACCAUUUAGUUCAAGUAUAGUACUCCUUUCAUUCAGCUGCACUAAGGAUUUGGGUAAUACGUCACACAGCUGAAGUCCAGGUUUGAAACACGUCUGAACUUAAAUGCAGGCAAGUGAGGGGACCUGGCUGAUCUGGGCAAAGGUGCAUUCUAAGUAUUGUAUGACAGUAUUACUGUAACAGUACACAGCAUCAGGUUGGAUAAGCAGCUUCCUACUACAAAACUUUAAAACAGCGACUGUGCAAAGUGAAGAGUUGAGUGUGAUUGUAAUUACUGCUUUUUGGGGACAACUAAAAAUGAGUUAAUUGCUAGAAAAAGAUUUUUUAAUAUAUAAAUAUAACAUAUAAGCAAGGUGAAUGUGGUCAGCCUGUCAACCCUCUUGUGAACCUUUGUCAGGAGAGUCACAAACCUGAUAUGUUAAUCUUUUCGUGUAGGACCUGCCCUGAUCUGUUGAGUAUUUCCAAAUUGUUUAAAAAUUUUCAGUUUUGUGCUUUUUGAUAAAAUACAGCUUAUUCUCAGAAACCUGGUGUAGAAUGGCCCAUGAUGUAACCCAUGUGAAAUCAAAAUACUAGAUGCAGGAAAUCAGAAUCAUGCUGAAAAUACUCAGCAGUUCAGGCAGCAUCCAUGAAGAGAGGAACAGUUGAUGUUUCAGACUGGAAACUUUUCAAGAGAACCUAUGAACCUGAAACUGAUUUCCUCUGUGUCUGAACCACAGUUUCCAGCAUUGUCUGUUUCAUGCAUCCUUUCUGUCUUCUUAAAUUGUGGCUCUGUGUUUGAUACUAUUUCAACAUGAGAUCAUCCAGCUAUCCUGUGCCCCACAUUGCCCUGUUGUUUUGUUGUUCUUUGCUGACCUGUCACCUUGUGCUCUUGUGCUGUUCUGCCAUCUGGUGUUGCCCAUGUUUGCUCCUUCCUUGUGAUGUCUGUCAUUCAGUGCUUCUGUGUUGUCCUAUCGACUCCUAAUUCUCUGUUGCCUCAUGGCACAUUGCUUGUGGUUCAAUAGUUCUUUUCAUAUGAUGUCAGCAUAAUUUUCACAUAAAGGAAUUCUUCAACAAUGUUCCUUCAUUAAAUUCAUAAAUUAAUAAAGUGGAUUAUAUAAAACUAGCAAGUGUGAUAAGGAAAAAUGAAGUUUAGGGUUUUGACAACAAACUCCUUUAGCUUGAGUAUAACAUGUUGGAUAUUCUUCAAAUCCUUCAACUAUGGCAAUGUCUUGCACCAUUGUCCACAUGGUUUGAGUCUUGCACUUAAUGCAUAGUCUUAUUAAGAGCACCUGUCUUCCUUAUCUCUCCCCAUGCACAAUACAGAACUGAUCUUCAUUCGACUCCACCACCGUCCCCCCCCCAUCCGCCCCCGCAUUUCACUAUACAAAGCUAGCCUUCCAUCAUCUCUCCACAUCCACAGUUCAGAGCCAGUCUUACUUCACCUUUUUCCAAACACUUUUCAGAACCAAUCUUCACUCAACUCUCCCCAUCCAUUCUAUAGAAUUGGUCUUCCCUCACAUGUACCCAUCCACUAUAUACUAGUGUGGGGCUUCCCAUACACUGUAAAAUGUGCACUAUCUGGAAUACUGUAUGAUUGAGGUACUUCCUUCCCAGUAUUCCACAGGUAUAUUAACUUAUUUAAAACCCUCUUUUAUCCCACCCAGUUUUAGCAGAAUGUCUCCAUCCCUUUUACUUUCUAUUGUCUAUGUUUUAGUGUGAACAUUUCUAUGUUAUUAAUGUGGCAAUUGUCAUUCAUUGAACCAUGCCUAUUGACCAUCUGACCCAAUCCACUCUUCUACAGGUGUGUGUGCUCUGCUUCUGAUUACACAUUGAUCGGUCCUGUCAGUAGCUGAAUCACUGCACCUUGCUCAUAAAAGAACUUGCUGGAGAAACUCAGUGGGCCAAGUAGCAAGUGUGAGGUGAAAGGAAAAAUAUCAACAAUUCUUCCCCCACCCCAAAAGAAUUGCUUGACCCACUGAGUUCUUCCAGGAGAUUAUUUAUUACUCCAGAUUCUAGUAUCAGCAAUCUCAUGUGACUGCAUCUUGAUCCCAUUUUUUUAAGUAUUGAAAUUUUGUGUUUGUUCAUUCCACCUGUUUUCGCAGAAAGCAUCCACAUCACCCCUUCUCUGUUUUGGCCUUCUAACCUCAUGAACUCCAAAUUGUGGUCUUGAGUACUAAACCUGGCGUGGGAUGGCAAACCUUAAGAAAUUAGAUCUUAAGUCAUAGGAGCAGAAUUAGGCCAUCUGGCCCAUUGUCUGCUCUGCCAUUCAGUCAUGACUGAUCCUUUUCACUCCUCCUCAGCCCCACUCCCCAGCCUUCUCUCCGCAACCUUUGAUGCCAUGGCCAAUCAUGAACCUAUCAUACUCCAUCUUGAGUACAUCCAACAAGCUGGCCUCCACAGCUGCCUGUGGUAACAAAUUCCGCAAAUUCACCACCCUCUGGCUAAAGAAAUACCUCUGCAUCUGUUUUAAAUGGAUGUCCGUCUAUCCUGAGGCUGUGCCCUCCUGUCUUAGACUCCUCCUCCAUGGGAAACAUCCUUUCCACAUCUACUCUGUCUAGGCCUUUCAACAUUUCAAAGGUUUCAAUGAGAUUCCCCCCUCAUUCUUCUAAAUUCCAGGGAGUACAGGCCCAGAGGCAUCAAACUUCCUCAUACGAUAACCCUUUCAUUCCCAGAAUCAUCCUUGUGUACUUCAUCUAAACCCUCUCCAAUGCCAGUACAUCUUACAUAAGAAUCCCAAAACUGUUCACAACACUCGAGGUAAGUUACCAUCUAUAAAGCUAAAAUCUGAAACUUACUUCCCAAACUCAAAGCUCUUUAAUUGCUGAACAGAAAUCAAGAGUGGAUUGUUUCUUGUGCUUAAAAAACUCGGAUGUUCUUCAACGUCCUGAGGAACAAACUUUCAUUUUGUUACUCAGGACGCUGCUGCAUUCCAACUGCUCUAAUGUGUGCUCAUUGUUCAGUUUCCUCCUUUUAACUCAUUACUUGCCAAGAUUUUAAAAACAAGAUUCCUUACAUCCUAUAAGUAACUAGCUCUUUGAAACACCAAGCGAGCCUUGGUCAUCUACCUCCUCUCAUUCAUUGUAACUUCACUGGGUUUUACCCCACAGAUCUUUUAGUCUAUUUCUUCAUUUCAGGCAAACAGAAGACCAGCUAAUAGCCAGUAUAAGGAUUUUUGGAGAUACUAUACCCAUCCCUGUACUUAUUUCAAUAACCAGACAAUUGAGCUAACAGAAGCAUGGAAAUAGUAGCUUUGGUUCAUAUGUGCACCUAAAACAGAAUGUACACCUCUGUUUAAAAAAACAUUGCCCUCGUUAUCCUUUCUCCUCACUUGUCUGGCGGAAGCUAUAUGGAUGAAAAUUAGCUUGUGAUGCCAACGUUUUGCAAAAGUUGCUGUGGUUUGGCAUUUACUUGUCUCUUUAAAAAAAAUGUAUAUCCAUGCAAUAUGGCUCUGAGUAUAUAAUUCCCAGCAUAAUAGUGAGUUACAAGAUUGUAAUAAGCAUCCUUUGAAAGCUUUCACAAACACAAUAAUCUACUAGUCAAUCCUAGUGUAGGGUAGUGAUUGAAAUCACCCUCUCGUAGAUUGGGACAAGGUACACAUCCUUCCAAGGUCUUCUGUACUGUCACAAUGAGGCCAUUCUGGUUGGAGAAGCAACACCUUACAUUCGGUCUGAAAGCAUGAAUACCAACUUCUUUAACUUUCAGUAAUUUCUCCCCCCCCCCCCCACUUCCUUUUUUCAUUCGGCAUUCUGCCUCCCCUCUCACCCUUUUUCUUCUCACCAGCCCAUCAACUUCAUCUGGUGUUCUUCCCUUUCUCCCACGGUCCAUUCUUGUCUCCUAUCAAAUUCCUUCUUCAGCCCUUUACCUCUUAACCCUAUCACCUCCAAGCUUCUCACCUCAUCCCUCUUUCCCACUCACCAAACUUCUCCCUCACCUACCCAUCAUUUGCCAGCUUGUACUCUUUUCCCUCCCCCACCUUAUUCUAUCUUCUAACCCCUUCCUUUCCGGUCCUGAUGAAAGGGUCUUGGCCCAAAUCAUUGACUGUUUAUUCCUCUCUAUAGAUGCUGCCUAGUUUGCAGAGUUCCUCCAGCAUUUUGUGUUUGUUUCUCUGUCUUGGGGGUAUCACCAGACUGGUGUGUCCUUUCUUGAGUAAGGAGGUUUAGAGUGGUACACAGUAUUCCAGCUGCUAUCUCUCUAGGUCCCUGCAUCAUUGUAGAAAGAUAAUCUGUAUUUCUGUAAUGAAAUCCUUUUGCAAUGAGUCGUGCAGUCUCACACUUUUCAAAAAAGCAUACAUACUCCAGUUUCCUAGCUUUUCCUACCAAAGUGGAUGACCUCAUACUUUUCCAAGUUAUCUACCUGCUAUAUACAUGCCCAUUAUUCGACCUCUCUAUGUCCCUGGAAGCUGUUCUGUAUUUCCUCUACCACUGAGCUAUUCACCAGUAUUUGUUCCCACAGUGGAGGAGGUGUCAGUGUUUGCUGAGUAUUUGUUCUGGGGGGACAGGGGGCAGAGUCUGUACCUGAUGGCAAGAUAAGGCUGUUGGAAUUUCAUGGCAUUGAUGAUUGGCUUUUGUUUAUUGCAAUGAACAGUAAGUUUGCUAGCGGAGGAAUGGGAUUCCAGGCCUGGAGAAUGGCUGCGCAGCUCUAGUUGGUGACAACAGCCACCAACUGGAGGAGAGGUAGACAUCAGUCAGAGAGGUGGGGGGUGUGGAUAUCAUCAUGUUUGUGGGAUGCAGGUUGGUGGUUAAAGUGGUCUUGAUUCAUGAUGUGAGCAAGGUAGUGGAUACAACAGAGAGUUUGGUACUCAGAGGAUAGGGUAAGCAUUGGAUCUGGUUUAUAAAAUGCUUACGAAAUGGCUAUUUAGAUCAUUUCAUGGUUGAGCCCACUAAGGGGAUCAGCUAUUCUGGAUUGGGUGUUGUGCAAUGAACUGCAAUUGAUUAGAGAGCUUAAUGUAAAAGAACCCUUUGGGUUAGUGAUCAUAAUAUCGAAUACAUCCAGAAAUUUGAAAAAGUGAAGAUAAAGUCAAAUGUAUCAGUAUUACAGUGGAGUUAAGGGAAUUACAGAAGCAUGAGAGAGAAGUUGGUUAAAAUUGAUUGGAAAAGAACACAGGCAGGGAUGAAAGUGAGCAACAAUUUCUGGAAGCAAUUGGGAAGGGAUACAUCCCAAAGAGGAAGAACUGUUGUAAAGGCAAAAAGACACAACCAUGGCUAACAAGAGAAGUUAAAGCCAGAGAGAGGGCAUAUAAUACAGCAAAAAUUAGUGGGAGGUUAGGGGAUCGGGAAGUUUUUAAAAACCAACUGAAAAAGUCAUUGAAAAGGAAAAGGGAUACUAAAAGUUAAAAAAGAUACAUAAAGAGUAAAAGCAAGGUGAGAGUGGAUAUCAGACCACUGGAAAACGAUGCUGCAGAGGUAGUGAUAUGGGACAAAAAAAAUGGCAGACUAACUGAUCAAGUAUUUUGCAUCAGUCUUCACUGUGGAAGACACUAGUGGUAUGGUGGAAGUUCCAGAGUGGCAGGGGGUCAGAAGUGUGUGAUAUCACCAUUACUAGGGAGAAGGUUCUUGGGAAACUGAAAGGUCUGAAGGUAGAUAACUCACCAGGACCAGAUGGUGUACACCUCAGGGUUCUGAAAGAGGUGACUGAAGAGAUUGUGGUGGCAUUAGUAAUGAUCUUUCAAGAAUUAAUAGAUUCUGGAAUGGUUCCGGAAUACUGGAAAAUUGCUAAUAUCACUCCAAGAAGAUAGGGAGGUAAAAGAAAGGAAAUUAUAGGCCAGUUAGCCUGACCUCUGUGGUUGGGUAGAUGUUGGAGUUGGUUGUUAAGGGUAUGGUUUCAGAUUACUUGGAGACACAUAAUAAAAUAGGCCAUAAUCAGCAUGGCUUCCUCAAGAGAAAACCUUGCCUGUUGGAACUCUUUGAAGAAAUAACAAGCAGGAUGGACAAAGGAGAAUCGGUUGAUUUUGUGUACUUAGAUUUUCAGAAGGCCUUUGACUAGGUGUCACACAUGAGGCUGCUUAACAAGUUAAGAGCCCAUUGUAUUACAGAAAAGAUUCUAGCAUGAAUAAAGCAGUGGCUGAUUAUCAGGAGGCAAAGAGUGUGAAUAAAGGGAGCCUUUUCUUAUCGGUUGUCAGUGAUUAGUGGUGUUCCACAGGAGUUUGCAUUGGGGGGAACCGCUUUUUAUGUUAUAUGUCAAUGACCUGGAUGAUGGAAUUGAUGGCUUUGCCGCAAAGUUUGUGGACGCUGCAAAGAUAGGUGAAAGGGCAGAUAGUUUUGAGGAAGUAGAGAGGCUACAGAAGGAUUAGGAGAAUGGGCAAACAACUGGCAAAUGAAAUAUAGUGCCAGGACAUGUACAGUCAUGCACUUUAGUAAAAGAAAAGAAAGGUGGACUAUUUCCUAAAUGGAGAGAAAUUUCAAAAACCUGAGGCUCAAAGAGACUUGGGAGUUCUUGUGCAGGAUUCCCUAAAGAUUAAUUUGCAGAUUGAGUCUGUAGUGAGGAAGGCAAAUGCAAUGUUAGCAUUCAUUUCAAGAGUACUAGAAUAUAGUGAUGUUGAGGCUUUCUAAAGCACUUGGGAGGCCUCACUUGGAGAAUUUUGAGCAGUUCUGGGUCCUUUGUCUUAGAAAGGAUGUGCUGACACUGGAGAGAGUUGAAAGGAGGUUCAAAAACGGAUUCCAGUAUUGAAUAGCUUGCAAUAUGAAGAGUGUUUGAUGUCUCUGGGCCUGUAUUCACUAGAAUUCAGAAGAAUGAGGGAGGACCUCAUUGAAACUUAUCAAGUGUUGAAAGGCCUUGAUAGAGUGGUGGGGGAAUCUUGGACCAGAGGACACAGCCUCAGAAUAGAGGGGCAUCCUUUUAGAACAGAGAUGAGAAAUUUCUUUAGCCAGAGUGUGGUAAAUCUGUGGAAUUCUUUGCCACAGGCAGUUGUGGAAGCCAAGUCUUUAUGUAUAUUUAAGUCAGUGGUUGAUAGAUUCUUGAUUGGUCAGGGCAUGAAGGGAUAAAGAGAGAAGGCAGGAGACUGGGGCUGAGAGGAAAAUUGAAUCAGCCAUGAAGAAAUGGCAGAGCAGAUUCAAUGGGCCAAAUGGCCUAAUUAUGCCCCUAUAUUUUAUGGUCUAAGGAAGUUCAAGACUGUUAGUCAGAGGAGUAAUGGAGUGUUGGGAGAAGAGAUGAUGGGAACUAUUGUCUUGUGCCUUUAUGGGGUUCAGAGUAAUGACCUUAUCAAAAAGAAAGGCUGCCUCUCACUGAAAGUAAAGGUGCUGGAUAUUAGAAGUUGUUCCUUGUAGUUAACACAAUGAAGCCUGACAGGACUUGUAGCUCUUCAAGGCUGCUUUUGACCAGAGAGAUGAACAAAGCCACACCAUCUCAGGAGCAUCAAGGAGAAUGCUAAUCGCAUCCUCUAGAUUUCAUUCAGAUAUACCCAUCACUUCAAGGGUGCUCUCCAGAACAUUGUACACGGGUGCUGUGUGCUGCACAAUCCAGCAACAGUACAUUCUGGAGCCCCAGAGCCAGAUGACCGGCAGUGAUGGGAAGAAGAGAAACAGCCAGGCGAAGACCCAGCACCGCACAAAACAAUCUCCAUCUCCCAUCACUCACACUUCCAUCAGGGAGAAGGUUAUGUAGCAUCCACAUGAGGAUCACCAGAUUCAAAAGCAGUGACUUUCCCCCAAGCAGUAAGGCUGAUCAAUACCUUCACCUGGUAACCCAGCACUCCACACCCCUGACCACCACUACUUUAUCAUUUCCUGUUAACAGUCACCAAUGUACAGACACUCCUGUACCGAGCAUCACUUUAUGGACAUACAAACAAUCUAUGUAUAUUAGCUAUCUUAUGUAUUUAUAAUAUUGUGUUUCUUUUAAAAUUAUUGUGUUCUUCAUCUUAGUGCAUUUUUUUAUGCUGCAUCUGAUCCGGAGUAACAAUUAUUUUGUUCCCCUUUACACUUGUGUACUGGAAAUGACA